AUGUCACACCAAGCCUGGCAGCUCUCUGGAAAGUGGUGCCGUUGGUCCAGUCCCUUUAUCCAUCUCCUCACACUGACUGUGGUGACAUUCAGUGUGCUUGCACCUUUGAUUUGUCACCGGCUGCUCCACUCUUACUUCUAUCUGCGGCGCUGGCACCUGAACUCCAUGAGCCAGGAGUUCCUGGAGCAGAACCAGCAGGAGGGCCAGGCUGCCCUCCACUACUUUGAGAAUCUGCAGAUACCAAAUGCCUCUGACACCUCUGGCAGUGACUCCUCCCAGCCCUUGCUGCUGAUCACCAUUAUCACUGUGCAGAGGCAGAAUGAUUUCCACUAUGUCUUGCAAGUGGCCUCCCACUUCCACCGCCUCCUCCAGAAGUGCGGGGCGCGUUGCCAGAGCCACCGCAUCCUCCUCUGCAACGUGGAGCCAGACCCCAGCAGCCACCAGGACGUCAGGCUGCUGAGCAGCUUCUUCCCUACCAUCAGUCGUGACAAAGCUGGGGAGAACCCUGACCCCAGGGAGAACCAUUUUGAGAAGGAGAAGCAGGACUAUGUCUUCUGCCUCGAGCAGUCGCUGCUGGUGUACAACCCAGAAUACGUCCUCAUGGUGGAAGAUGAUGCUGUGCCAGAGGAGGAGAUAUUUGCCGUCUUGCAGCACCUCUUGCUGGCCCGCUUCUCCAAACCACACCUCAGGGACGCACUCUACUUCAAGCUUUACCACCCCGAGCGGCUUCAGCGCUACUUCAACCCCGAGCCCAUGAGGAUCCUCGAGUGGCUGGGGCUGGGCAUGUUUCUGGGACCCGUGCUGGCCUGCGUGUACUCCCGGGCAGCGGGGCGUGCCGGCCUCAGCUGGCCCCUGGUCGUCUUCUUUGCCUUGUACAGCAUGGCCCUGUCGGAGCUGGUGGGCCGGCACUACCUGCUGGAGCUGCGCCGUCUGGCG